UUCGCCUCCCCAUUGACGUCACUCCCGUAUCACAUGAACGAGCCGGGACCAAUCCACACGCAGCCCUAUCGAAGCACUCGGUUCCUCCGCCGAGAUAGGGAGGAAAAAGAAAGAAAAGGGAACCAUGACUCCGAGCAUCUGAAGAGCAAAUAAAUUUGAACGAAGCUUGGAUCUUUUACCUGGUUACGGUUUCAUAUUCGGAGCAGGAAGAAGAAUAAAAAUAUGUAAGUUAGUGGAGAGAGACGGAAUGGAUACGACAAUGGCUCGAACAUAUUGAAUAGCCCUCGACGCUCAAAGGAAAGACAUUAACAUAUACUUAAACGAACCUUCUUCAUCUUGACGGACUUAUUUAAUGGCUUCAAUCCUCUCCGUCACCGACCCUUGUCUUUUCCGUCGCGCUGUUGAGGUCGAGUCAGGGUGGAUCGCGUAAACCUCUAUAUGACAAACACUGGAAAUACCAUUAAUCGGCUUCGAAAUCAAAAGACAGCCACUAGAUCUGAUUCAACGCCGUCGAUUUUCGCUGAGGGGAAUCAUGGAUUUUAACGGGAGCGGUGGGGGAAACGAGCUGCACAACAAUCAGUUUUAUCCGUCCGAAGAGAGUAAGCCUCUGCUGGGGGAAAUGUCCGCGCAGCAGCCGCCGCCGGAGGGGAAUAAUAAUCACAAAGCGGGGCCCUGUUUCAAGAGGAGCCUUCUACACAGCAGCAGCGGCAUGAGAUACAAACUGCUCCAGGAGGGGGACAUCCAGGUGUGCGUGGUCAAGCACCCGCGGACCUUCCUCAGUAAGCUCCUCACCUCCAAAUUUUUACGGAGGUGGGAGCCGCACCACCUCACCUUGACGGACAGCAGCCUGAUGUCUGCCACGCCCACAGGAUACAUGGAGGCCCCUCUCUCUUACAGCACUAUAGAGGACCUACAGCUGUUGUCCUGGGACAACGCCCCCAAAUACUGUGUCCAGCUGAGCUUCCCUGGCGGGACAGUCCUCCUGCAGGCUGCUAACAGCUAUCUGCGGGACCAGUGGUUUCACUCGAUACAGUGGAAGGCAGGUGUGUGCAAUCUGGGUUAUCUGACUCAUCUGCAGAAAAAGAUCUACAAGUACCGCAAGGUUCUGAAUAACCCGAGCCGCUGGGAAGUGGUUCUGAAGGAGAUCAGGGCCCUGGUGGACAUGGCCCUCACCUCACCCCUGCAGGACGAAUCCAUCCAUCAGGCCCCGCUGCACAUCAUCUCCACCCUGCUUGCUGAGAACACUAACCUCAGCGCUCAGGACCAUGAGAACAUCAUUGUGGCCAUCGCACCCCUGCUGGAGAAUAACCACCCUCCCCCUGACCUGUGUGAAUUCUUCUGCAAGCACUGUAGGGAGCGUCCUCGGUCGAUGGUGGUGAUUGAAGUGUUCACUCCUGUGGUUCAGAGAAUCCUUAAACACAACAUGGACUUUGGGAAAUGCCCCAGACUCCGUCUCUUUACUCAGGAGUAUAUUUUGGCUCUGAAUGAGCUUAACGCUGGCAUGGAAGUGGUCAAGAAGUUCAUUCAAAGCAUGCACGGUCCCACUGGACAGUGCCCUCAUCCUCGGGUUCUCCCCAAUCUCGUGGCGGUGUGCCUGGCUGCCAUCUACUCUUGCUAUGAAGAGUUCAUCAACAGUCGGGACAACUCUCCCAGUCUCAAGGAAAUCCGAAACGGUUGUCAGCAGCAAAGUGAGAGGAAGCCGCCCAUGCCUUUGCGCCUACUGCGGCCCGAGCCGCCCACGCCUCCCCCGACCACCACCCUGUCCCCAGCUCCAGCCCUGCCCCUCUCACCACCACCUUCUAUCGUCAACUCCAGUGAGAUCCUGGUAGAGCUAGAGCGCAACAACAACACCACUAACACACUGCGCAAGACCCCUGCAGCAGGCGACAGCGAGCCCAACCUCAUCGACUGUCUACUGGUCAGCCCUGCGCUCAACGCCCUGUCCAUUCAGCUGCCUGCACACGCCGACAGAGUGCUGGGAUGUUUCGCCCUCAUCCUUAAGAUGCUAUCAGACUAUGAUGACUGGAGACCAGCACUGGCCAGCCUGCUUCAACCAAUCCCCUUCCCAAAAGAGGCCCUUGCACAUGGCAAAUUCACAAAAGAGCUGAAAUAUGUUAUUCAGAAGUUUGCUGAAGAUCCCAGACAAGAGGUCCACUCCUGUUUGCUCAGCGUGCGCUCUGGAAAAGACGGGUGGUUCCAGCUCUACAGUCCAGGAGGCGUAGCUUGCGACGAUGAUGGAGAGCUGUUUGCUAGCAUGGUCCACAUCCUCAUGGGCUCCUGCUACAAGACAAAGAAAUUUCUCUUGUCCCUGGCUGAAAAUAAACUGGGACCCUGCAUGCUCUUGGCCCUGCGGGGGAACCAGACCAUGGUGGAGAUCCUGUGUUUGAUGCUGGAGUACAACAUCAUAGAGAACAAGGACACUCAGCUACAGAUCAUCUCCACCCUGGAGAGCACCCAAGUCGGCCUGCGCAUGUAUGAGCAGCUGUGCGACAGACAGAGAGAGCUUAAAGAACUACAAAGAAAAGGAGGCCCUACUCGACUUACCCUGCCCUCUAAAUCUACGGAUGCUGACUUGGCUCGUCUGCUGAGCUCCGGUUCCUUUGGCAAUCUGGAGAACCUCAGCUUGGCAUUCACCAACGUCACCAGUGCCUGCGCCGAACAGCUCAUCAAACUGCCAUCCCUCAAACAGCUCAACCUAUGGUCCACCCAGUUUGGAGAUGCUGGGCUGCGUUUGCUAUCGGAGCAUCUGGCCUGUCUGCAGGUUUUGAACUUGUGUGAGACUCCAGUCACGGACGCUGGCCUGCUCUCCCUCAGCUCUAUGAAAAGUCUGUGCAGCCUGAAUAUGAACAGUACUAAACUCACAGCGGACACAUAUGAGGACCUGAAGGCCAAAUUACCCAAUCUAAAGGAAGUGGACGUUCGCUACACAGAGGCGUGGUGAACACGACGCCCGAGGAGAUUUAUAGACACAGGAAAUCGCUGACACAUCAUCCCAACACAACAUAAUCAAGAAACGAGGACUGUAUUUAUAGGAGCAUCAUUCAAGGACCUUCUGAUAAUAUCAUAAACGCUCAAGAAUCAUCUAGUGUCUCAUCAGAGGACGCUCUUCACAGCGGCAUCGAAAUCCAGACAUCAUCAGACGGCACAGGAACCUUUCUAACGACAUAAUCAGGGGACUUUUUCUCUGUCUCGUUCUCGCCUAACUCUUCAGAGGAUCCAUAUUCCUCGUUUUAACCCAUGAUUGGCAUCCUUUUUCGUCCCUCCAGAAGACAUCAGACCACCUGGAUACAUUUCCCCUGUGGUACCAGCGUCUGGUGAAGGCCUGAAUAUUCAGAGCCACAUUCCAGUACAGUUUUGAUAUCACUUCCUGUGUGGAAAGCCAGCUUCCACAUUGUGUUUUAGUUUUUUCGGUCUUGUUACAUGUGUGCUUGGUCCUCUCGGUUCAGAGUCCAUCAUUUUUGCAUCCUCACACAGGUUUCUAGUGUAAAAUGUGUCUGUUAACAAUGUUCACGUUCAUCUCUAUAUCUCUUAUCGCUCUGAAAUUCAUUUUUUAUUAACUUGAAUAAGCAUAUUUUUCCAUACACUUCUUUCAUAUACGUGUGUGUUUGUAAAGAAAAUCGGCGUAUCCCCAUUUUUAAUGCAGACAUUUCAGGGACUUCGCUCAAAAAAAAAAAAAGUUUCUGUUCCAUCAUUUCCUUUCUCUUCUUUUUUUUUAGCCACAUUGUACAGUGUAAUUUUAAUUUCACACCCUAUUUAAGAGAACGUCAUCCAGGUAGUAGUCUGGGACUACUGUGUAUUUAUGAGCCCCCCUUUCUGGUCCUUUUUUCUUUUAUGAAGUACUUUUGUCAAGCAUACUGAACCAAGAUGGUGCCUAAAACAUUUUCUGUAAAGAUUACAUCACCUAGCAACAUCAGCUAAGUUCUACAUAGAUAUCACAGACUUUUAAACGGAUUAAUAGGCUUUAUUAUUCUCUGUAAACUCUAGUGGUCGAUAGGAGUCCACCACGAGUGUCCUGCCACAAUGUUCCUCAUAUUUAUAUCAAAUUCGAGCCAAGAUUUGUGCUAUGUUCAUCAUUGUUAUGCAGUUGAACCUUUUUAUAUUUUACUUUCUUGCUUUUGUUGUCUCUUUGAACAUAUAGUUUAUGACCACUGUAAUUAGUUACAGUAAAUAUCUUGACUAAUAGAGAAAAAAGACAUCUUGUAGAAAAGAAAAAAAAAAGACGGUCGGAAAUAAAAAAAUCAGUUUGCCGUCUAAAAUUGAGUUUUUCUUAUGUUUACAAAGGCGUGUUUGUCUCUACGCCCACGUUAGACUAUAUCCAGAGAGAGUCACUGCCCUGGUCUUGAAAGCAGCAGUUUUCGGUAGUUCCAGCUUUUUUGUGUGUGUUCGAUUUCACACAGAUAUAGAUGCCGUCCAGAGGGGGGCGUUUAGUACUGGGUGCCAUCAAUGCACCAACUCGUGUUCUGCCAUCUUGCAUAGUUGCAUAAUGUAUAAUGUACAUAUGAGUGUAUAUAAUUUCCCAUUUCUCUUUCUCUCAUGUUUUUGGGAGACUCUGUUGCCUUCAUUUUUUUUUUUGAUGUGUGCACAUGGUCACCUGUUUUUGUUCCCUUUCCCACCCCUAGACCAAGUGCACUGUCAUGGUGUUCAUUUUUUUGUUUCUCUUUUUGCAUGUUUGCAAUUUGAUCAUAUAGAUUUAAUAUAAAGGGUAAAAUCACUAGCCCCUUCAACCACUUACCAUAUGGAUCAAUACGUGUUUCUAAAAGUGAAAGAUGGACAGAGUUAGUGUAAACCGAUGGAUUACAUUGGGAGUGUGUUAUUAAGGUGGACUAGAAACCAUUCUGUACACUGGUGAAACUCAAGAUGAUGCAUUGUAAUGGUCUUCAAGCGGACCAUUUUUCUCUGUGGCGGGAAGGAUUAUUGGGGUUGGGUUUCCCUCUGCCUUCAUUUUGUUACGAAAUUAAAAAAAAGCGCCAUAUCUUUGAGACAAUGGCUUAUCUAUUGAAGUUGAAAUCCAGUUUGUACUUCAGUCAUCUGUUUCAUGAUUAAUUUGUAAUAUCCUGUGGAACUCGCUGUGCUAUUUGUGUUUCCGAUGUCUCCUUAUCAACAUAUUAUAUUGUCUCAUUAAUUUCAGCUUUUGUAUUUUUGUUGAAAAGCGCUUUUUGCUAUGUUGAAUUGAGACUGAGUCUUAAUCUGAUGUGGGUGGGGUCCGCGUGGCCCCUGCUCCAUAGUUGUGUACAUACAGAAUGAACUACAUUUCCCAUGACUCCUGGAGUUUUUGCAGAUAGAACUGCUGCCCCUUUUUCUUCUUUUUUUCUUCUGCUUCUAUCUACAGCUGGGUUGCUGCUGCUGCUGCUGCUCUGUGGCUGUUGUAAUGAAAACACAACCUUCAACAGGAAAUAAGCCUAAUAUGUGAACCGGUUUCAAUCAAAAUAAACUGUCUGUGAAUAUGUUUCAAAUAGAAA